AUUUUCGUUUGGUCAUGGCUUCCAUCCCACGCGUCUCGUUUCAAUGGCGUCUCAAUUUGAAGACAAAACCUCGGGAGAAGCCGCGCCGCCGCCGCGAGGAAUGCUCCGCCGCUUCCGACGGCGGCGGAAUCACGGUGGUCUCUCUCGACCGCGGCCAGCUUCUGUGAUGGCUGUGUUGCUGUCAGUUGGAGUAGUUGUACAUGGGAAGUUAUCUAGUGUGCGUAAAGGCUCUCGGUGAAAGAACAAUGCAACGAGGAACCAGAACAGUUUUCCUUCGAAGUUGGUAUAAGUUUCUUUCACAGUAAUCUGUGGUUGAAUCUAAGAAAAGACCAGGAAUGGCUACUCUCAUUGCUCCCGAGCACCCUUCUCCUGUUGCAGAUGCUGAGGCUAUCAGAAAUGCUGUUCAAGGAUUGGGAACUAAUGAGAAGACUAUAAUUGCGGUUAUUGCCCAUAGAAAUGCAGUUCAAAGGAAGUUGAUCAGGUAUGCCUAUGAGGAGAUUUAUCAAGAAGAUCUAGUCAAGCGACUCGAAUCAGAGCUCACAGGGGAGUUUGAGAAAGCAGUGUGCCGAUGGAUGUUGGAACCAGCAGAUCGAGAUGCUGUCUUAGCUAAUGUAGCCAUUAAGCAGUCAACCAGUGUGCAUCGCGUGAUCACUGAACUUUCAUGCAUCUACUCUCCUGAAGAGCUUUUAGCUGUGAAGCGAGCCUACCAAGCUCGUUACAAGCAUUCCAUAGAAGAAGACGUGGCUGCCCAUACCUCUGGUGAUCUCCGCAAGCUUUUGGUUGCCUUAGUUGGCACAUAUAGGUAUGAUGGUGAUGAGGUAAAUGAAAAAUUAGCAAAUUCAGAGGCCAAGGCUCUUCAUCAUGCUAUCAAAGAAGAGGUAAUAGAUCAGGAUGAAAUCAUUAGAAUUUUAAGUCUUAGGAGCAAGGCGCAGCUCAUGGCAACUUUCAACCGCUACAAAUUUGACUAUGGCACUUCAAUCACUAAGCACUUGGUGGAUGAUCCUGCUAAUCAGUACCUAGCUGCAGUUCACACAGCCCUCCAGUGCAUCAAUAACCCAAAAAAAUACUAUGAAAAGGUAUUGCGUAGUGCACUUAACAAACCUUGGACAGAUGAAGAUGUACUCACUCGGGUGAUUGUUACGAGAGCUGAGAAGGACUUGAGGGAGAUCAAAGACCUGUAUUACAAGAGAACCAGAGAAUCCCUUGAUCAUGCAGUCGCAAAGGACACUUCAGGCGAUUACAAGGCAUUCCUUCUGACUUUGCUAGGAAACCAAGAUUAGUUAGAAUACUCGCUUUUUGCUAGCAUUCCAGGUUCUGAACUAUCAGGCUUGAUUUUUGGUUGGCUUUGAUGCUGGAAAACCAUAUUUGAAUUGCUGCAUUAACUAUCUCCGUGCUUUUGACGUCUCUGUUUGUUUUGUAUGUGGACACAUUGGUGUGCAUCAUUUUCAUACCAAGUACGGGGUUUAGAAUGUCACUCUUAGUGAGUUAUUUAAUUGACUUGGGCUUCUACCUGUACUAGAAGCAUUACAUUUCCAA